AUGGCUCAACCAGUUGUACUCAAGAACUCGAUCCGCGAGAAGCUGCUCCGAAAUGAAGUUGCAUCGACGCUGAGCAUCAAAUUGGCACGCACGGUGGAGAUUGUUGGCAUCGCGAAGACUGCUGGCUACGAUGGAAUCCUCAUCGACAUGGAACAUUCCUCAUUCGACCUCGAUACAACGAGCCAACUCUGCACGGCAGCUUUGUACGCUGGGAUCGCUCCAAUCGUGCGUGCACCAAGCAAGGAGCCAUUUUACGUCUCGCGAAUCCUAGAUGGUGGUGCGCUGGGCGUUAUUGUUCCGCACAUCAGAUCUGUCCAGGACGCGAAAGAUGUGGUUGACGCCGCGAAGUUCCAGCCCCAAGGCCAUCGAUCAUCGACAAAUGGCUUGCCCCAAUUCCAGUACCGCUCAAUACCGGCCAAGGUGGCCAACCCGGUGGUCAAUGCCAACACUCUGGUUAUUCCUAUGAUUGAAACGCUGGAGGCCCUGGAAUUGGUCGAUGAGAUCGCAGCCGUCGAUGGUGUGGAUUCGCUGCUCAUCGGCACCAACGAUUUAACAGCGGAGAUGGGCAUUCCUGGACAAUAUGAGAGCGAAGAGCUCACUGAAGCUUAUCGAAAGACCAUCGCCGCAUGUCGCAAAGCUGGUAAAUGGGUCGGCGUUGGCGGCCUUCAUGCGCGACUCGACCUCGUGGAGAAGUUCUGUGGUAUGGGGGCCAACUGGGUAAUGGCGGCGACAGACGGUCCUCUUCUCCUUGGUGCUGCCACUAAGAGGGCUACGGAGAUGACGGCGCUCAAUGAGAAGCUUUCUCAGAAAGCCAAGGUCGACGAGCAUACCCAAGUGAAUGGAUCGAAAGGGUUGAACGGUCACAAGCCAAAUGGUGUUACGUCGUCAACGGUAGAGGUGGUGGCAUAG